AUGUACACCUACACUCCCACCGCAAAGUUCCUCGUCCUGGCCCCUACCGAGUCUGGCCCUCUCUCCACCUCCUCCCAAACCCGUGAGCGCUCCAGCAGCCAGUCCUCCACGACCAGCACAUCCCAGCAGCGCCCGGGCCUCAGCCGUCUGCCCAGCGGCUUCCUGUACCUGGGAGUCGACACCCGCAACACCACUGCGCCCAGCAUCUAA